CUCCUUUUUUGUUAUUAUUAUUAUUUCUCUCUCAUCCAGAGCAAAUUAGAAAGGAUAAUUGUUGUGUAGUUACAUAGAAAUCAAUCAAGAUUAAGAAGAUGAAUAGCAACAGUAAUUUGGAGACUCGUACUCUUCUUGAUGAACUUAGUGACUUUAAUAAAGGGGGACUUUUCGACUUUGGUCACCCUCUUGUUAACCGCAUUGCUGAGAGUUUUGUUAAAGCUGCUGGGAUAGGAGCAGUUCAAGCUGUGUCCCGUGAAGCCUAUUUCACGGUUAUUGAAGGUACUGGGAUUGAUAAUGCUGGUGGAAUGCCUCCAGAAAUAUCUGGAGCCAAGAAAAAUCGUUUUCAUGGUCUUAGAGGAGAGACCAGCAGUAAAUCUAUUGAGGCAAUGGUAAAAAACACAGGGAAAGAAUCCUUCCAAUGGGGGUUGGCUGCAGGACUAUAUUCAGGACUCACAUAUGGGAUGAAGGAAGCUCGUGGUACUCAUGACUGGAAAAAUAGUGCAGUUGCUGGAGCAAUCACUGGAGCAGCACUUGCAUGUACAUCAGAUAACACAUCUCAUGAACAGAUUGCGCAAUGUGCUAUUACCGGAGCUGCGAUUUCAACUGCUGCAAAUCUUCUAACAGGGAUAUUCUAAACCUGUUGGGAUUUUUAGCCUUGUUUUUAAUCUUCCAAUUUGUGACAUUUAUUACUACUUUUGGUACUUGUUUAAAAUUAACUUGUAGCAUUUAGCAACUAUUUCUUUCUGAAUUUGUAGUUCUCUUUUUCAAAUGUGUUGUCUCCGGUGGUUUUCAUUGAUAAUAUAGUUAGUAUUAGUAAUAUACUAGCAGUACUUAAGAGAACAGUUAAAUGUUUGAGUGUAAUGGAUCGGUUUUGUUUUCA